AGUCCAGCAGGCUGGACAGUGGUGCUGUCUGCUGCUCUGGAAGGCAUGGGGGGAGCACAGUCCCUCGGGCUGCCCCAUGGGAAAGGACCUCACCGGGUGGGCUGCACGGAUGUGAUGGUGGGCCACAACCGGAAGGGGCUUUUCUUCCGGUUGUUUUACCCCUGCCUUCCCCAGGAGGGGGCAGAGCAGCCUCUCUGGAUCCCGCGCUAUGAGUACUGCCAGGGGCUGGCUGACUACAUCAACCUGAACAGGAAGUGGUGCACCCCGCUGCUCAGCGUGACCUUCGGGUCCCACAGGGUGCCCGUGAGCUGGAACGGGCCUUUGAAGUCACGUGGCAGCGGGUACCCGCUGAUCAUAUUCUCCCAUGGCCUGGGAGCCUUUCGAACCGUGUACUCGGCUGUGUGCGUGGAAAUGGCCUCCCGGGGCUUGCUGGUGAUGGCGCUGGAGCACAGGUGAGUGUCUGCCUGUGCAACGGACUUUUGCAAGGCAGAGGCUGGGGAGUCCGAUUCCCUGGAGGCUGCACUGCAGGAGGAGUGGAUCCCAUUUCGAAGGGUCCAAGAAGGGCAGAAGGAAUUUCACGUUCGAAACCCACAGGUUCGUCAAAGAGCCAACGAGUGUGUGCGAGGGCUCCGGCUCAUGCAGGACAUCGCCAGCGGCAAGGCCGUCACCAAUGUCUUGCACAGGGGGUUUGAUUUGUCUGCACUGAAGGAGAGCGUGGAUUUGACUAGAGUUGCUGUAAUGGGUCACUCUUUCGGAGGAGCAACAGCAAUUCUAGCCCUUGCUAAAGAGGACUGUUUUAAGUGCGCUGUGGCUCUUGACGCCUGGAUGUUCCCUCUGGAGAACGCGCUCUACUCCAAGGUGGCCAAGCCGGUGCUGUUCAUCAACACAGAGACCUUUCAGACGGCAGAGAGCAUCGCCAAGAUGAAGAGACUCCGCUCCAGAAACAACCACACCAAGAUCAUCACCAUCCUGGGCUCGGUGCAUCAGAGUCAGACCGACUUCACCUUUCUGGCGGGGAAUCUCCUGAACCGAGUGUUCCAGACCAGAGGCGCCCUGGACCCGUACAUGGGCUUGGACGUCACCUGCAGGGCGGCACUUGCCUUCCUGCAGAAACAUCUGGAGCUGGAGGAAGACUUUGAUCGCUGGAGUAACCUCCUGGAAGGCAUCGGUGACGCGGUGAUUCCAGAGGCACCUCUCUGCAUCUCCAGCCUUUAGGGGCACUGUCUGCAGGCCCAGCCCACGUGGCUGGCAGGGCGCCCUCCGGACCAGCCAGGAAGUAGCUUCUCCUUAAAUCAGCACCUUGAAUAACUCUGCGGGAGGCACGUGUGAAUCAUGCAGCUGAUGGUGGGAUCCAGAGACGUGGAGCCCUCACUGGUCCAGAAUUCACGCUGGAACCUGAAGACCGGAGGCCCUGGCUGAGCUAGCCAUGGAAUCCAGAGCCUGGGCCGCCUGGCCUAGAACUUGCCAUGGAGAACGGACGGGGCAUCUGGCUGCUCUAGGACCACUUCUGGAACCUAGAAAACUGAUUGGACAGAAGCAGAUGGGGGGUGAGGCUUAGCAGCUGCCCUUUUGACAGAUCCCCCUCUGCCCUUCAGAUCCCUUCUCAACGUGCACUUCUCCCCAGAAGCCUUCCACACGCCACCUCUCUUGCAGCCUAGACCCUCUCUGGCCCUACCAGCACCCCAUGCACUUUGAGUGGCUGAACUGCAUUGCAAUCGUUUCAGAUAGGUGAGGGGAAAAUCAUGCCCCUUGGGUGAAACGUUCAGAAACCCCUCUUGUGAAUUACCUCAGGUGGAUCAAAUGCUGCUGCAGUAAUUAUGUGAAUCAAAAUGUGUCACCUGCAAAAUGGUACGAAUAUUAAGAACCGUGUUUUCUUCUUUUCCACAUGCAUUAAAUAAAGAUGGAAAAUAUCGUUCAUAAUACGUAUCUGAGGUUUCUCUUUUUGUUAAUCCUAGACGAGGCGGUGUUGUCCAAUGGAUAGGGUGCUGGUCUGGUACUGAGGUCUGUUCCUGGCUCUGCUUCUGGUUAGCUGAAUAACCCUGGGCACGUCACUUCACUUCUCUGUGCUUUAAUUUCCCCUUCUAUAAAAUGGGAGCAACAUUAAUUGAUUGUAAGAUGCUUUGAGAUCAGCGGAUGAAAGAUGCCAUAGAAGAGCCAGGUUCCAAUAACACUCCAAGCAGGAGAAUUGAUGAUCAGAGAGUGGCUCCUCUCUGGUAGGAUUCCUGGGGUUUUAUCUCAUUUGUACCUCCUCGAUAGGCCUGUCUCCUGUUCUAUCAGCCCCUUUCUCUGAGCUGUGUCUAAGCUGCCCUGGUGUGUUGGCUGCGAUUACCAUUAAAACCCUAGAUCAGGGCUACUCAACACGCCCGUUUGUUUGCGGUCUGCGGUGCGGUUUGGGUUUACGUGGGGCUCAACACAUGGCCCGCGGGUGGGAGCCAAACAGAAAAGUAGUCAAUAUAGCGGCCUUUGGUUGCUAUGUGUUUGAGUAGUUA